AUGGCGAUACACACAUCCUUUGAUUUUUAUAAACCCGGAACGAAUAUAACAAGUAUGGAAUAUAUCAAAAAGUACAUAGAUCCGGAUUACCCAUCGUUCUAUAGUGAUAUUUGGAAGUCUGUUGGUUGUGAAUCAGGUGCCAACUUCUAUGCUGGAGACAGUGAUGACAAAAUUUACAUUAACGAUUUCACAAAUGGAUUUACUUUCAAAUUGCAUAACAUAUCAUUCGAAUCUGUACAAACUGUUCAUGGAAGAAACCGAAAACAGUCCGGAUACUCCAUGAAACUGGUAAAUGAGGCUUUUAAGUUUUAUUCAAAUUAUUCUACAAGAAAGGAGAUUUCAUGGAUUGUAAAUGAGGACUACAGUCCUGUAUCAAACUUUAAAAUCUUAAGUUGGAAUAAGCAUUCUACAAUCAAUGUGAAAAACAAUGUUAGAGGUAUCAAGGCAGAAUGCGUUAACACAGAUAAUAUCAGCUCUUUACCUGCUAUGUGUUACUAUACAAAUAAAGAAUUCUUCUAUACAGAUGAAUUUUUAGACAUUAUAGGAAUUUCUAGAGACAUGGACAGAAAAGAGUAUCAUCAAAGGUCAAAAAGGUUGUACUCAUUUCUUAAAGAUAACAUUGGUAAUGAGGAAUUGGUUGAAACAAGGAGAACUUUAAUGGAUAAUAAAUUCAAAUGGUUAUGUGGGGCUUUCGAAACUUGUUUUGUUAGCGGAAGUAAAGCUGAAGGUCUUGACAUCAUAGGCAGUGAUACUGAUCAUAUGUGUGUUAUUGAUGAUGCAGAUGAAAUAGAUGGAAAUUUCCGCGUUCAAGAUGGAUUCAUCUUCGAUUCAACUUCUGACACUACCUCACCUGGAUAUAUCUCGAUAAGACAGGUUCGCAAUGGAAUAAUUUCAAACAUAGACUACAGUAGUAGCAAGUUUAAAUUAAUAAGAAAGGAAGAGUUUGAAUUUAGAUUUCAAAGUUUAAUUAUUACUUACAAACAUGGACCAUCAAUAUCUACAUCGAAUUCGGGAAUGGAAAUCGACUGGGUUUAUUGCUUUAAAUCGGAAAUAUGGCCACGUAUUGCCACGGAAUUUGCAAACAGACACAGGUGCUUUGAAUGGCCUUCUAAAGAGCUUGAUUUUCACAUAACUGAGUCUGGGUGUCAUGUUGUACCAAAGUCAUCAGUAGAAAAUCAACAUGGCGAUGAAUGGAGAUUAUCCUUUUCUCAAGCUGAAAAUGCUUUAGUAAGAUCAUUUAACCACACCCAGUUAAUGACUUAUGGCGCAUUGAAAAUAGUAUUUGAAGAGAUUUUCAAUGAAAAAGGAACCAAUUAUGAAUGUGUUUUUGCUUCAUAUAUAUUGAAAACAGCAUUAUUUUGGGUUUCUGAAGACCAUGAACAAAUCAUUUGGCAGCCAUCAAAUAUAAUACUAUGUAUUACAUUAUGUAUAAUCUAUCUAAGGAAAUGUGUUAAAAAUAUGAACUGUCCUAAUUUUUUCGUUGAAACAAACAAUAUGUAUCUUGACAAAUAUCCAGAAGAAGCGAUUCCGGGGCUUUUAGAAAUUUUAGAUGUUGUCAGUUCUAACAUAUUGCGAUUGGUCUGGCAGGCUACGCCCUUUUCAAUUUCUAAGAAAGACCACCAGGUCAUUAGUGGCAAAAAUUGGGAAAUUGCAAAUAACGUAAACACCAAUCGUCUAGCAUUUUUAUCUUAUCAUAAAAUUCUUAUCUUCCACCAGUGGAAAUAUCACAGAUGCAAAACAAAUAAUGAGUGUCCUUCUUCAGGCGUAGGUGACAAGCCAGUACACAAAUUUCUCAAGAAACUUAUUCUCUAUCCGUGUUAUCAGUUCAUUAAAUGUCCAAGUACUCCGACGAAUAAACAUGACUACGUUCUGAAUAAGUUAAUUUUGCAGUUUAUAUUGCGCGGGAAUAAAGUUAACAAAGUCACGGCAGAAUUGAAUUUAGCGUCGUGGUUUUAUAACUUUGAGAGAUAUGAGGAUUGUCUUCAAGUGAUUGAUGUCGCUCUGGAAUGGAUCGGUAAUGCCGUUUACAUUUUCGAUAUUUCCGGAGUGUUUCAAAAUCAAACAGUCGACAUCCAAGUUGUUUUACAAUCAUAUCAUUUCAGAGAAAUGGCCUUGAAAUUUCAUUUGGAACCAUAUAAAAUGUUCCCAAAUUCAAACUGUGCUAUUGAUGAAAUGAAAGAAUGUAUGAAAUAUUGCAAAUCCAAGUUAAAAGCCACUGUAUUGGAUGACUUUGGAUUGAUUAUUCAUGCCGAAACCUAUUGUCAUUUUUUGCGUUUUUUAUGCUACCAUAAACAGAAAAGGUUUCGAAAACGUUCAAUAUCUUUAAAAGAUCUUUAUGAUGUAAAAUACUUAGAACAAUGUGCCAUGUACCAGCAUAACAAGUUUUACAGUUUUCUAUUGGGUGAAAUGUGUAAACAGCUUAUCAAAGGCAAAAACGAAAAUAUAGAUUAUGACAAAAUAUUUGUAAGCAUGGGUAAAGAUUUGUCUUUGGACAUUAUUGCAGAGACUGGGAUCAAUACAAGUAAAUAUUGAACUAAUUAUACCUCCGAAGACGAUUCUGCUUUAGCAAAUACAUGAAUAUAGGUGAAAGCACAAUUAACGUG